UUUCUUUUCUCCAUUUUCCCUUAAUUUUCUGUUAAAUUUUUUAUUUUUUUUUCUGCCCGUAAAAUGCCUUCUUCUUCCUUUCCUUCUUUAUUUUUAUUAAUUCUGGCCUUAAUAAACCCAACCCGUUCACAAUUGAAUGCUCAGCUUCAAGCGCCAUCGGCUUUCUCGGCACUUCCGUUGAACCAAGCAGUGAGUUUAAAAAUAUUUUCCCUGGCAGGGAAGGCACAGGGGAGGGAGCGGCAUCAAAGACCUUUAAAAAAUCUGAAGGUCGGGUGGUGUAGUGGGAUAAUUUUUAAAUUUGAGUCAGAGGGGACAUGGGUUCGACCCCUUUUGGCGGAAAUCAUUUUUUAA